AUGAAAUUACCGAAGUCAAUUUCUUUCGUCUUUCCUCCCUCCGUAGGUGAGGGUUGCGUUGAAAAGCAACUGAAUACCCUCUGGCGCAACUACACGCAAAAUAAUAAGCCCGACAUGAUCAUGCGCAUCAAGGUAUGCGCCAGCGGUCUAAAAGCAACAACACGUCAACACGGACUCACCGAGUACUGGGCUAAUCGCAUCACACACUGCUGUGCGCCAAAGAACUAUCCACGAAUUUUCUGCUGGGUCUAUCGACACGAAGGACGUAAGCUGAAACACGAGCUGCGCUGUCAUGCGGUGCUCUGCAGCAAGGAGAAAGUGGUGCAGGAUAUUUGUCAUACACUGAAGGAAAAUCUGGAGCGCGCGUUGCGCGAAUUUAAACGCGAGAAAAUUCUCAAGCAGAAUGCGCGACUCAGCCUGGCCAAUGCAGCGUACGAAAACCCCAGUUUGCCACGACGCAAAAUUCUGCUUAGCGUAGGCGGCAAUAACUAUCGACCACCGCUGGAGCGCUCCAAGUCAGCGCCUAAAUUGAUGGCCAUUGAGGAGGCAAUCGGCGAGGAAGAAGGCGAGGAUGCUGAGGAGACCAAUGAGCCGGAAAUGAAGCCGUGCUGUCAGAAAGACUCACUCUAUCCCGCCAUGACACUGGGACGUCGACGCUGUCGCCGCGGCCACUCCAUAAGACGCACCGGUAAGGCACGUCCGCUUUGCAGCAUUUCGUUGGACGAAUCACAGCAGCGCAAGCAGUUGUUGGCUAACGACGUGUGCUGUCACAACAAACUGGCCGCCACCACCAAAGAAAGUGCAAACCAACAGAGCGCUACUGCGGCGGCAUGCGCCGAGUUGGCGGAGGAGCAACGUCAUAGCUAUGGCUCUGAUGACUCCGAUGACUUCGAAAAACUGCUCAAGUAUAACAACUACGAUUCGAGUGCUUCGUUAGCGACCGAGCUGCUGCCCUAUUUCGACAUGCAGCUGCACAAAAAUACCAGCAGCAGUCUUAGCGAUUUGUGCGCGCUGAAGGACGAGGAAGAACCACUUAGCCUACUGCCGACAAUCAAUAGUGAUCCGAUGGCGCAUCCAGAGGGUGAUCUAGUGCCUGAAAAGGCGGCGAUCGAGGAGUCGGACGAAACGCAUGUGGGCCUGCGGCGCGAUGGAGUGUGCAGCGAUGGCGAGGAGGAUUACCUAGACGCAGAUGAUAUGUACUUUCGACAAGCGACUAUUUUGAACAUUUUGCAUCGCAAUUCUAUGCGCAAAAUGGCUCAACUGUCUAUGAGCAGCGACGAGAGCAGCAGCAUAGAAACGAAUGCAUCAGCACCGCUACAAUACCGCCACCAAAUGCAGUCAUCCAUUUCCUCCACGGCAUCCACGAGCACAACAAACAGCAGCUCGGUGCAAGAUGGCCACAGCAGCACGACGACGGGCAAGCGACACAGCGGUGCCGAUAGCGAUGAGGGCUCCAUCUCGAGUGGCUGUGAGACAGCCAGCACAGUGACUGCGAAUCAGGAUGACCUCUCGCUUCAAUACCGCCACGAAAAGCAGCUACUCCAGCUGCAGCAACAGCAAGCAGCGCUGCUAGACGCAGACAAUGCACAAUUCUUUGAACUGCCCAGCGACGAGCAGUCGUCACACAUAACGGCCGAUGAAAUCUACCAAAGACUAGAGGCGCGUCUACAGCGACGACAGAACAGCGAUGCAACCACCUUCAGCAGCUCCAGCACAAUCACGCUAAAAAUGGGCAACGGCAGUGAGGGUUCGUUGCCCGACUCGACAAAUGAAACAGUUCAAAAUAAAGUGCGCACGCUGGAAGAGCAAAUAACCAGCUUGGCGAACAACACAUCACGUGUACGGCGUCAACGUCAACGUCAGCUAGCGGCAGCAGCAGCAGCAGCAGCUGCGCCACCACCACGCGAUUGUGCGGCAGAUGAUACCGAUUCGGAAUGCAGCGAUGAAUCCGGCUACGUGGAGUAUCAGGAGCGCGUAAAGACUGUGCGAGAGAAGGUGUGCGAGGUAGAGCGACGACAGCUGCGCGAACAACAGGCGCAAGCGCAGCAGCAACAGCAACAGCCGGUGGCGCAACAGCGUCUGCAUAAGCCACAAUUGCCACCCAAGCCGAUGCCGCGUCGAACGCUGAGCGGUGGUGGUGCUGUGGUUGCUGGUAGCAACGCAAUUUUGCUGACGGACAGUCCGUGUGCUGGAAACAGCACAGCGGUUUGAGGGGCGUAAAAGCUUUUAACUAUCAUCUAUGUGUAUGUAAGGGAUUCAUACCAUCCAGUGAGAGUUGUACAUACCGGCUCAGUGAGAGGAGCGCGUGUGGGUGCUUAAAGUCGCCGAGUCUAUGGAUGCAGUAUUGCAACAUCGAAACUUUUGCAAAAGCCUAGCAAUGCUGUCUGGUGAUUACCGAUCAUUUUUCGAACAAAAUUUUAUUUGUCUGUUUAUCAAGUGCAAAUUCAAAUCCUUAAACAAACUCGAGAAACAUUUUAAUUGAUUUUCAAAAGAAAAAUGCUUAUGUCGCUCACACGCGCUUCAGAGCUUUGUAGUUAAGUAUAAACAUUUAUUACGAGUAUACAUAUUUAUAAAGCCACCAAACAAAGGAUAUAUGAAUUUGUUUUUAUGUUAGCAUUUAAUUAUUCCAAAAACUCAUCAUAUACAUACUACAAUGAACUGUACAAAAAAAAAACAAUUUAUACACAAUUUAUAAAAAAUAUGCAUAUAUAUAAAAUAAACAAUAUUUUAUAUAAAUUAUGAAAAUGAUUUUUAUAGAAAACAAUGCUAUAUGAAAUGUUGAAUUUUUUUUCGUUGCAUUAAACAGAAAAGUCGAUGUUAGAAUACUUUUAUAUACAUUUUAUUAAAAACCAAUGUGCUUUAUUUUAUUAUAUUUGUAGCCAUAAGAAAAAAUCUAGUGCAAUUAGUGAAGGAUGGAAAGAAAUGUAGGCAUACAUACAUACACACUAGAAAAGUUUAAUUCCUACAUAGAUUUUUUUCUACAAUUUUCAAAAUGUUUUCCAUAAAAGGAAAUGUUCGUUAAUUUUUUAUAAAAAAUAGACUUGUUCUUUAAUAGAAACCUUUGACAAAAUUGUAACUAAUAUUUAAUUGGUUUAUAUUACACAUUGAAUUAUACUUUUAUAAAGCAAAAAAAAUCUCUGUAUGGAAACUCUUUCUAGUCUGCUUUUCGGAAAUACUUAUUAUUUACUAUAAAUUUCUUUUGAAACUAAUGAACUAGCUAGUUUCCCGAAAAAAUAAAUUAUUUAUGAUGUUACCUUCAGGAAUCUAAAAAAUAAAAAAUAUAGAAGAAAAAUGUUAUUGUUUGAUAAAAGUGAUUUAAUUUCAGUAGUUUGGCGGUGAAACGAAGUACAUAAAAAUAUGGCAGUUCGGCAUACAUUUAUCUUUUUUUUAGUUUUUGUAUCUAGUGAUAUUAAGAUUAUCUCCACUUAAGAAAACAAUUACGCAAAACAAAAAGUUAUCUGCAGAAUUUAAAAUUUCACGCGUAGAAUAUUAUUAAAUAGUGGUUGUUAGCUAAAAAAAAAGUGUAUUUAAAUAAUUUUCUUGAUUAACUACAAAUAAAAGUAAUAGUCAAAAAUA